AUGUCAGCCAAGUCCAAGGGGACCCCCUCCUCGUCCUCUCCAGCCGAGGGACCGCCGGCAGCCUCCAAAACCAAGGUGAAGGAACAGAUCAAGAUCAUCGUGGAGGAUCUGGAAUUAGUCCUGGGCGACCUGAAGGACGUGGCCAAGGAACUUAAGGAGGUGGUUGACCAGAUUGAUACCCUGACUUCUGACCUACAGCUGGAGGAUGAGAUGACCGACAGCUCCAAAACGGACACCCUGAAUAGUAGCUCAAGUGGGACAACAGCCUCCAGCAUAGAGAAGAUCAAAGUGCAGGCCAACGCCCCCCUCAUUAAACCCCCAGCCCACCCAUCUGCUAUCCUCACCGUCCUGAGAAAGCCAAACCCUCCACCUCCUCCUCCACGGUUGACACCUGUGAAGUGUGAAGACCCACAAAGAGUGGUGCCCACUGUCAAUCCGGUAAAGACCAAUGGCACCCUUCUGCGAAACAGAGGCUUCCCAGGGGCACCAAACAAAAUUCCAAACGGAGACAUUUGCUGCAAACCCAGCAGUAAUUUGGACAAGGCUCCAGUACAGCCUCUGAUGCAUAGACCUGAAAAAGACAGGUGCCCCCAAGUAGGGCCUCGGGAACGAGUUCGGUUUAAUGAAAAAGUCCAGUACCAUGGCUAUUGUCCUGACUGUGACACCCGGCAUCACAUAAAAAAUAGGGAGGUCCGCUCACACAGCGAACCUGUCCACCCACCAGGAAAGCUUCCUCCCCAUGGCCCUGCCCAGCCUCCUCCCCCUCAUCUCCCUCCUUUUCCACUAGAAAAUGGGGGGCUGGGAAUAAGCCACAGUAACAGCUUCCCCCCGCUCAGACCUGCACCUGUGCCUCCUCCCACUGCACCAAAACCACAGAAGACGAUCUUGAGGAAAUCAACCACUACAACAGUGUGAUGUAUGCCAUUUAAAAAACUUUUUUGUUUUCUUUAAUUCUUAUAUUAUAAACAUAAAAUAAUACGUAAUGAGCACUUUCUACUCAAGCAAUAAAAAGCCCAAAUAUAUUUAUCCUGCAUUCAUCAGAGUGGCAUAAAAAUCACCGGGUAAGUAUGCAGUAUGUUGUUUAUGUCCUGGCUAUACAUUGUUUAAAAGUUACAUCAUGA